AAGCAAUCGUCCACACUCUACUUUACCAACGGUUUCCCCAGCCCCGACUUCGCUGGCCAAGAAUUCGCUACUUAUACUCUCUAUCUUUUUUAUACCCUCACUUUGUACUUGAUCUGUCUUUCUUCUGCUUCGCCAUCUUUCAACUUUUUGGCAGCCUCCUGAAUAGCAAGCAUCACCCCAUAGCUAAGAGAUAAGCGAAGUUGCACUGCUGAUCUAGCAUACUGAGCCCCGUGCCUUCUUGUACUCCGCCUCGGAACUUGAAUACCGUGUGUCCCAACAACUCAACUUUCAACAAACUUCGAUCUUAUCUGCGCGAAGAGGAGAAAAAAAAAAUGGACGGAGAAGCAAACCAAAGUUGGCAAGGAAAUAGGAUGUCUCCAAAUGGAGCGAGAUCGAGUCCUGGGCUUCCCUCACAGAGACGUCACGAUGAAUCUUGGGUAGAAGUAGCAUCACAGCCCUCGUCUUCCUCCCUGUCCAGUAUUGGCGAUGAGAUUGUUACUACCGGCCUGCGCGUCGGAAAUCCAUAUGUGCGCCGACGACGAUUACAGCAAUCAGCACGAUCACUCCCUCAACAGCAGACUGCCAUUCAUAACGUGAACGCGGCCGAUUUGAGUAGCCAGGAGGAAUACGACGAGAGCGAUAGCGAGGACGAUCGCCUGCUUACCAGCUCGACCGAGAACGCUCAGCGGUCCGAGGAGGAGGCGGAUAUGGAUUCAGAGGCCGAGUCGGAUGGUGAUAACGUCACCGCGCUCGGACGUGUGUCUGAUCAACCUACCGAGCCUGUCUUUCGACCUCAGCCAAACGCCUUCACUCAUCCAUCCACGCAACGAAGAGACUCGGCUCCAGCCAUCCCAAAUGCUCCUCCUCCUCCUCCUCAUCCUCAUAAUGGUCUUACACGGCCAUCCUUCACCCAACGAUCGCAGACGCGGCCCCACCGUGCGGGUCCAAGCUUUAUGUCCCCAGCUGUCCGUGAAGAGAACGAUGCGGCCCUUCGUGCAUCCCUCACUACUCUUCUUUCCUGCGCGCAUGCUGCUAGAGGUCUGCCCAAGUCAAAGGAGGAAGCAGAGGCCCAGAGGACCGCCAACGCAGGUGUAGGUCCCAGCAGUCAACCCAUGGAACUCCGAUUCGUACCGGAGUCGGAGCUGUCAACGGAGCCGAGACGAGCCCAACGACCUGCGGGCCCAUCUCCACCCCGUAAACGGGGCUCUCCCGCAAGAUCCCCUUCACGAACCUCUGAAAGAGGCAAGCACGGCUCCGGAUCGCCAACGGCUCCACGGGCUACUAAGAAAAAGAAGGUAGCCCAGAUGGAAGAGCCAACCAGCAUCUCACCAACCCUUCUCACAUGGGUUGUCAGCGCCGGAGUUGUCGUGCUUGUAUCUGUGGUGGGGUUUGGUGCUGGUUAUGUUAUCGGCCGUGAGGUCGGCAAGCAAGAGGCGCUGGCUGCCAGCGUUGGAAGCGUCAACGAAACAGCAUCCUGCGGCCAGGAAGUAAUUCGGUCUUCGGGCAAUGGACUUCGUAAACUUCGAUGGGGUGCUGUUGGAAAGAGCAUCGUUGCUUAGAAGACAUGAUUCUCUAAAUGUCUUCUGUCGUUUCGAUGAUAAGCGCAGACGAUAUCUCACCAGGGUUGAGACAUUUGUUGGGAGUUGGAGUUUGUAAGACGACUUUGGCGGUUAUGGUUGCGACAUAAGUAACGCAGCGGACUUAACAAGAUAACGUUCGCGUUUAUCUUACCUGGCGGCUCACUAUGUAUAGGCGGAUUUCGAGCAUUGAUGCAAUUUGCGUGCAUUUAUGGGGAUACAUGAAGAAUUUGGCAUGCCUUUUACUCACUCACAUAUUUUAUUGCCUGGCGAGUAUGUGUUUGCUCUUGGUAGAUACUCUGAUUACAGGCGUCGGUAAUAUUCCCCUCAUGAUUUUCACGAUUCAUAGUUUAGGGCACAGGAAUAAAAAAAAUAGUUAUACAUGCUUUUUUGAGUCA